AUGAGACUCGUCUUCGUACUACUACUCAGUGUCUUCCUCUUCGAACAACUACUGACCAAACCAAUGCCAUUCAACUCUACCGUUCAAUAUAAUCAAGGUGUGGACGGCUCCAAACCCAAUAUAGUUUUCAUCGAUGACGAAGAUGAUAAAUUCAACUUUCAGCAUGCCGGAAAUUUAGAUCCCUCAAAUUCACAACUGCGACCUGAAAACCAUGAUAUUGGCAAUCCCAAUCCUCCAAAUUAUACACCUGAGCGCUAUCUCGAAAUGAUAAACCGAAAUGUUGGUCAACACUGGUAUCCAGGAGUUCGUCGUCCAGACAUUGGACAGUACUAUUGGUACUAUUGA